UCUUUCCCUCGAUACUCGACAGCAAAUAUCAACGCCUUCGAGACCAAAAGUUUCAUCUUCUCCGUUUGAGCUCCUUUCCCUCUCUCUCCCUGUCUCCCUCUCGUUUCGAUCGGUUUCGUGCAGUGAAUGGGUUCGUGCGCGUCGGCUGAUAAGUCCCGGCCUGGCCCGCCGAUGAAGCUCGUGGCUUUUGGGACAAGAGCUGAUAGUUUGGUGAACCCGGAAUCUCCCAAGGAGGUGAACUCGGCUCCGUUGUCUAAUCCGCCGGAGACAGCGCCGGAUGACGGUGGCGUACCGGUCAAAUCUCGGCCGUCGUUUUGCUCUGCCGAGAAAAGUUUAGAAUCUCCCGGAAAGGAGAACUCAGUUCCGGUGGACUCUCCGACGGCGGAAGAUCGUCCGGUCAAGUCUCGUCGGUGGUCGUUUUCCUCUGCUAAGAAAAGCUUCGGAAGCAAAGGAGAGACGUUCUUCGAUUCACAGGCGUGGCUAGAAUCUGAUGACGAGUUCCACAGCGUCAAUGGCGAUUUCACGCCAUCUCGAGGAAACACUCCGAAGAACAGCUUCUCGGAGAGACUGCCACGUGUCCACAACCUCCUGUUCGAGGAAAAACCCCGAAGUCCAUUACUCCGAAGGAAGAAACUGGGCGAGCUCUUCAGAGACAGUAUAAGGGAAGAACGGGAAGACUCUUCAGAAGGGUCGCCUGAAAACCAAAGGGAAAGGAGCGAGAGAUCAUCAUCGGCUGGUGACACCCCACGUGCCUCUGGAGCUAACUCUUCCGCCAUUGAUGACGACUCUGCGAACAAGAGGGAGAAGGGCCUGAAAUCCGCAAAUGGGUGUCUUCCCGGGUUUGUUUCGUGCGGAAGUUUCUCAGAGAAGAGGAAGAAGAUGAUCCCCGCGGCAGUUGCAGUGAAAUGAGAGAGAGAGAGAAAGUUGGGAUCUUGAUGAUGAAGAGGUGAAGCUUGCUUGACAUUGUAUAUGAGAGUAGACAUUGCAAAGAGUGGCAAUUGAUGUGAAGAUAUGGUCUUUUCACAGAUACUUGGCUGUGAAAGAUUUAUGUAUAUUAUUAACCCUUUUAUGAGUGAAGUAAGCAGCAGUCGCCAUGGAUUUUUUUU